AUGCUCCCUUUAGCAAUACUUCUUGGAAUAGUGAUACAAUGCUGGAGCUUUCCUCUACAGAAUUCCUCCACAGUUGAUGGAGCAAAAAUGAGGGCAAAACGAGGGUAUUCAGAGGAGUCCAUGUAUCCAGAUGAGAUGAAUCCAAUGGACAAGAUACUUAUAGCAAACAAUGGGAUGUCACGUUUUCGGGGCUAUGCCUUUCGUGAAGGUGACAUCGCAGGUUUGGGCGUAAGGAGCGCCAUUUCAUGUCCAAACCAAAACUGUCUCUGGCCAAAAUCAGUGGAUGGAUUUGUUUAUGUUCCAUACAUCAUAUCACCUCUCUAUGAUAAUAUGGACCGGAUCACAAUCGAGGUGGGAAUGCUGGACAUCUCAUCUGCCACGUGUGUGAAAUUUGUGCCGCGCACACACCAAGCUGACUUUGUCGAUAUCCAGCCUAAAUUUGGGUGCUGGUCAUUCUUGGGCAGGGUGGGAGGACCACAGCCCCUCUCACUGCAGACUCCAGGGUGCAUGUGGUCAGGAGUGGCAUCUCAUGAGCUCAUGCAUGUGCUCGGAUUCGUUCAUGAGCAGUCGCGCUCUGAUCGUGACCGUUACGUCACCAUCCUGUGGGAAAAUAUCAUCGAGGGUCAAAAGCACAACUUUAAAAAGUACGAGACAAACAACUUAAACACCGUGUAUGACUAUGACUCUGUGAUGCACUAUGGGAGAUAUGCUUUCUCAGAAGAUGGAUUACCAACUAUAAUCCCUAAACUUGAUCCGAACAUUCCUAUAGGCCAGCGUGAUGGACCAAGCCCACUGGAUAUUCACAAAAUAAAUCUGCUGUACAACUGUGGUGGCCGAGUCUGAACAGAAGCUCUGGAAUAAAUC